AUUUGAUAACUUGAAUGGAGUCUGGUGGUAAAUCACUCCAAGGUGUUGCAAAGACAACUGGUCCACAAAAAAUCAAAGGAAUCUUACAUAAGAAAACCCGUUUCAGCAAACAAAACUACAACCAGGAAUUAUUAGCGGCUUCUGCGAGUAGCGAAGAAAAAAGAAUGAAAGCAGAUCGCAGAACUGACUAUGUCAUAGUUGUGGAUAGACAUAUCAAAACUUCCCAGUUCUACAAUUACGUGGUGAAAUUUUUGAACUAUCUGCAAGUGCGUGGAAUCAAAGUAGAACUAGGCUUUGGAAACAUCAAAGAAAACAUCUACGUGAAGCUUCAUAUCACAGAAGAAUCUGUACAGAAUUUUGCAUCUAUUUAUGACGUGGAUUUAGAAAGUGUGGGCCACAACUAUAUACCUGUGUCAUCAAUCAACUUGCAAAUCUGUCAGACACCGGUUACCUUAAAUCAGGAUAUUUUUACGAGAGAAGGGGAAGCUACGAACUCGGAACGAAUCUUGAUUAUUUAUGGCAUGCUGUGUGAGGCUCGUUUUGGUGAUAACAAUGACGAUAACAAGUAUGGAAUACAGAAACUGCUGAGUCUUGGUGCCGUGAAAGCUGUCUACCCUCUUCACGACGGUCCACACGAACUGGACAACACGCUAGACGAAUUUCUAAACGACAGACAAAUAUUGUUGAAAUAUUGGGCUUGUUUUGGAUUCUGGUACAAAGAACAACCUCUAAAUCUAAUCGAAAAGUACUACGGUACUGAAGUCGCUUUCUACUUCGCUUGGUUAGGCUUCUACAACAAAAUGCUAAUCCCGGCAAGCUUAGUAGGACUGUUGUGUUUUCUUUCCAGCGUGUUUUAUCUAUACAGUGGUUACCACUUCACUCUAGAAGAAACUUGUGACAGCGAUCUACUACUAUGUCCACGUUGUACCUUCGGACACACUUGUAUAGCUUCACCCUUGAAAUUUGAAUGCCAAAUGACCAAAUGGUUUAUCGUUUUCGACAACUACUUCACAGUGUUUUUUGCAGUGUUCAUGUCUUUUUGGGCAACUUUGUUCAUCAAUUUGUGGAAGCGGUUCGAGAAUGUGUUGAAGAUUCGGUGGCACGUUACUACGGCGACCACGCACGCGAAAACCCAGACUAGGUUGCCGUUCAAAGAAAAAGCAACACACAAAAGAAGAUCCGAGGUUACGGGUCAAAUUGAACCCUACACUCCUCCGUACCUACAAGCAUGUUACUACUUUUUGUCGUUUGGAACUUGCUUUCUACUGGUCGGAGUGGUACUCGUGGCAGUCAAUGGGGUCAUAAUGUACAGAAUCGUCAUGUCGGCGCUAAUCCGAAUGGGGAGUUCCGAUUUCUUCAAAAUCUAUGCGCCGUUUUUUGAAGCUUGUACAAGUUCGAUUUUACAAGUAAUCUUUAUCAAGUUUUACGGUCGAUUCUAUGGACCUCUGUCUGAGUGGUUAACGAACAUGGAAAACCCGAGAACCCAGUUCGAAUUCGACAACUCCGUAGUCCACAAACGAUACAUCUUGGGGUUUGCUAACAAUUACGCUUCGUUGUUCUACAUGGCUUUCUUCAAAGGUAGAUUCUACACUCCCAGGCAUACCGAAGUUAUUAGUAUAAAAACGGACCUCUGCAACACUCGCGGUUGCAUGGUAGCCCUUUGUAUCCAACUCUUCGUACUAAUGCUUCUAAAAUCAAUGGCCGGGAAUAUCUUGACGUUGGUAGUACCUAAGAUAACGAAGAAGUUCUCGAAAAAACCGACUCGUGAGGUUAGGUCACCGCCAUGGGAGGAAGAGUUUAAGUUGUACCCAGCUGGACGGUACCUUCUGACUACGGAGUUUAUGGAAAUGAUUGUGCAGUAUGGCUUUGUGACGUUCUUCGUAGCGGCGUUUCCUCUGGCUCCUCUUUGUGCGCUAAUCAACAAUGCAAUGGAGCUUCGACUAGACGCGUACAAACUGGUCACAAGGUACAGAAGACCAGUACCGAAGAGGGAGUCAGGGAUUGGUCCUUGGAAAGACAUACUAGAAGUGAUCACCCAUUUGAGCAUAGCCACUAACGCUUUCGUAUUAUCAUUUACCAGCGACUUUGUUUCAAGAGAAGCCUACAAGUACGAACACGGGUCCCUACGUGGCUACAUCAAAUCGACGUUGUCUGUUUAUGACAUAGAUGACAAUAUGAAGUACGGCCACAACGAUUUAGUUGGAAUGCCACCUAAUUCAACACUGUGUUACUACAGAGGUCUGCGGUACCCUCCAGACCAUCCACAAAAGUACCAGUUUACAAAUCAAUUUUGGUACGAAAUCGGUAUGCGGUUGAUGUGCAUUUUGGUUUUUGAGCACGUUAUAAUGCUCACGAACGGAAUUAUUGCCUAUUUUAUUCCCGAUGUACCAACAAAAAUAAAAAAGACUCUAGAGUAUGAGAUGAAUAUUGACAUGGACGCUAAGCUUCAAGUGAUGAAUGAUGAAGCAAGGUCAGCACGGAAGUAUCAGAGUUCACCUAAGUUAAAAAUAAAAAGAAACUAG